UACAAAUAAUGAGGGGCUGUUUCGUUGGUCGGCGUUCGGCAAGAGCGUUUAUUUCAAUAUAACUGGUUGCUGUAAGGAAAUGAGCUAUAGGAAACAGCGCGAGGAGCUAAAGAAGGCUAUCACGAGACAUCUUUCCAUCGACAUCGAACAAUGCAUAACGCAAAGCGACGUGAGGACCGUCGAACACAUCGUCGCGCAGGUAGCACGCGCGGAGACGUGGCGAAAGUUCCAAAAAUCGUACCUGCUUCGCAUGGAUCCAAACGAAGAAGGCGAGGAAAAAGACUUUAUUGCACAGAGCCGCCGCGAGACGGCGGGCACACCGAAAAGAGACCUGGUUCGGCAGGACAGCACAACGUCGAUCGCGAGCAUACUGAGCGAAAGUUCGUUGAUGGGAGGUAACGUUGCCUUGUCUGCAGAUCACAUUCGAGAAGUGUGCAACCUCAUACGGUCACCGUCGCCGUCUUCUAAGCUUCACGCCAUUGAUAUUCUGAACAACGUUUCCAACUACGAGAACUUAGUCGCCAGUGGCGAGUGGCCCGUACUCGAAGAAUGGAUCAGGUCUUUGCUGCUGCACCCUUCGACGGUCAUCAAGCGCGAAACGCUGCGUCUGUUCUGGACAAUGCUGUCCUCCGGAGGCGUAGUGUUCGAGCAGACUUAUACCAGCCUACUGCUCGCAGCUAGAGACCAAGUUUGCAAGCACACUUCGUCCGCGCCGUCAUCAAAACUCCACGGUCGCCCAGGGGGGCCGGUCGACGUUGUGGAGUUGCUGAACGUGUACCACAGAAACUUACCGCGUCAAUGGCUGCGAUUUCCGCGCAAGGCCAUCAGGCACGUCAUAGAACAGGCUCUCGCGCUCAUGGACGACAGCAUUUACGACGACUUUUCUCGCAUCUGGAAGUCCUUCGCGUCAGCGGACACCCAGGCGACGUGGCUCGGCAACUGGCUACACGGUGCCGAGAGUCGCGCUGUGGUCUUCGAGUGCCUCGCCGAUCACACAAACAUUCUGCUCCACGCCCUACAACUAGUCACCAAUUACAAGAAGUUUCCGGACUUGUGCCAGCGCGACACGGCGAGCCACGUUUACGCAGCUUGCGUCCUCUUGCGCGUGCUGAUGUACAGCGCUGGCAGGGAGCUCUUCGACUCCCUCAGCUCUGGCGGGAACACAGAAAAAACGUGGUUCGACGUUUUCAUAAAGGUUGUGCUAUUCUCCAAAGUACUGUGGGGAUCCAAAUUCGAAAAUUUCCCGCUACUUCUUAACGUUAUGACUAGAGCGGUGUCAUUGAUUUGCAGCCUCACUGAAAGUCCAAUCCUCCCUCAGCAGGCUGAGGCCCUCAUAAGCAGCUUGGUAGAUUCAAGCAGAAGUAGCUCAAACGGCCAAUGCAGCACGCACAUACUGUCGGAAUGCCUCGGCGCAAUGUGCUUGUCAGCCUCCGGCUUGGUGCUCAUCACAAACUGCACGUACAAAGCUUGCAAAGUACCUCAAAUAAUACUGUCCUCAACAAAGCGAGCAAUAGAGAGACGCAGCGAGCACGGACUCUGCACUCGGUGUGUGUCUAAUUUCCUGAGGGCGAGUGGCAGGAUUGUCCAAGAUCCGGGACAUCUCCUGUCCGGGAAAUGCGCAGGCGUCGUCAGGCUCCUGUCGUGUGCAUCGGAGCUCACCGCUGUGGCCGAUGAAGAGCUGAAAAAAAGUUUGACAAGUUUUGUGAAAGCCCUGCUUACUACCAGUCUAGGAACUGCUCUACUUUGUGUUGGAACCAUCCCUGAAGCCUAUGAGAAGAUUGUACUAGAGAUAACGGAUGUGUCUGAGAAAGUAAAAUAUUGCACACUGCACAUGCCUUCGCACUAUUCUCACAAUGAUUUGGUCCUUUGUGCAGGCUGCUGCAUAUGGAGCUCAAAGCAUGAACUAAGGUCAAGUCCUGAAAGGGUUCAGGAGCAGCUGCUGCAUAUGAUGUCACCAUUCCGACAGUGCAAAAUACUGCUUGGAAGAAGCGCUCAAGACUCUGCUGAGAGCCUGUGGAAUGCAGUAAUCCUUCUUGCCCCAGAGCAGUGCCUAUCGGAGGAACAUUUAGUGGUCGCUCUUAAUGUGCUUAAAGGACUUGUAUGCUGCCUAAAGACUUACGUGUUUCUUCACGCCAAGUAUUGUGUGUGUCAAAAGCUACGAGAACUUAUUGCCGAUUUUUGCAACAAUGAAGGUAAGCCCAUUACCUGUGAAGUGACGCUUAAAGCAAACGAAGUUGAAGAAAAAAUAAAUUCAUUCAGUAGAGGCAAACCUCUAACACUGCCACAGGUAUCACAAGCAUUUACAGGCCAGAAGAAAGCUCGCAUUAUUGGAUUAAAAUAUGCCAGCAACAAGAAAGAAGAUUUUGAAGCUGUCUUAGCAGAUAAUGGUAUAUCAGCUGCAGGGUUCUCUGACAUCAUUGACUUUGAGGACAGUGAAAAAGAUAGCAUCCUCUCAUCUACUAGAUCACUCACGGCUGAACAGAAGCAUGGUGUUCAGCUGACUGUUGAAUGUGGCCUCCACCUUGGACUUCUGUCACGUGAAAGUGAAGAUCAUGCAAAGAACCUCGAGAAGCUCAUUCACAAUGGACGUCACUUCUAUGGUUCGUCGUGCUCAAAGGACAGCUAUGACUUUCUGCUGGCAACCAUAUUCUUGUUACUAAGGGGAAAUGUGACUAAAUCUUCUCAACUCCACAAGUUCUUAUGUGACAGAGACUGCUAUGCUCUUUAUUUUCAUGACAUGGAUGGUAUCUGUGACACUUUAGUGUGUGCCUCCUUUUGCCAACUGUUUGUAGUCAUUCUCAGGGACCAACUGCCAAGACUGUAUCACGCAUUCAAGAUGUACAGCUAUGAGCCCAGCAAUGUUCUCAAGCACUGGAUAGGGCAGUUCUUUUGGGAAUGCCUUUGCUUUGAUGAGAUAGCUGCGGUGCUGCUGAUGGUGAUAACCCUUGGGGCAGAAACACUCCUCUAUAUCUGCCUGUCAAUGCUAAAACACAUAGAAGAGCAGGCAUUGCAAGCUGCCAAUGAGUUUCGCUUCAUUGCCAUGCUGAGAGAAACGGAGAUGCCUGACUUCAAGCUCGCAUCCUAUGUGGAGUACAUCAACUCAUUGCUUGAAGAGUACGAAAGUAUGGUACAAAAAAGUUUACACAUGUAUGCACACUAGGUGGCGUACACCAAGUAGGCUACCUCAGUUGCAGUCUUUAGACUUGUCACUUCUUCUCUUCCAAACCAGUGAUUUCUCUUGUCCCAUUCCUUAUGUUCUUUAAAUGGCCAUUGUACCCCUUCUGAAUGUAGCCUAUUUCCAGAAUGCUCUCUUUGUUUAUUUGCUUUUUAUGAUACAAGUAAGACUGGAAAUUGAUGUCAGGAAAGAAAUUUCAGUGCCCAUGUCACUAUGCAAAGGGUUUACAACCAGUGUCUGCCUUCGCUAUGUGUUGCCAAAAAUCAGCACUAAGGGAAAAAUCUCAACUAGUUCAUUGCUAACUAAAUUUGGGCUUCAUCCUGAGAGAAGAUGCAGCCGAUGUUAAGUAAAUUUUCUAUAUGUUUAUAGAAAUGAAUUUCUUAAAUGAGCACUGAAUAAUUUUAGAUAGUUGUAGAAAUUGUGUCUGCCUUAAUGAACCACUUGUCAUAUUCAGCCCUACCUUCACUGACUGCCAUUGCUACAGUAGCUGUAUGAACAACGUGCCCAUUUAUAUAGAAUAAUAAAGAAAAUAUUAUGCAAGCAAU